CUCUAAUCUCUUUCCUCUUCAACAAAUCACGCACCAUCAUCGUCAUCAACAACUCGUUUCAUCAUCACCACCAUCAAUGGAAUUUCCCAAACUAAACCUCUUUUUACUUGAAUCAAUUCAUCAUCAUCACCACCAUCUCUGUAUUUUGCUUUAAUCCCUCUUUUCUUUUUCCAGUAGAGAAACCCUAAUUACACCGACCGACUUUGUCCUCUUGUCUGGCCCAUUACAGAACCCCCACACUACUCUGCUUUUUUUGCUUUUUUCGUUUUUCUUUUUUUCCCGGGAAAAUUGAUUUCUUUUUCCUCCUUUCGUCAUUAUUAGUAGGGAAGGGGAAUCAAAUCAUCUUCUUUUAGUUCUCACCAUCUCCCGAGUAAACCCUAGAAUCUCCGCUUCUGCGUUUCAAAGGUUAAAUCAUUGUUAAUUACGUCUAGGGUUUACUCGGUCGCCUCUAUCAUCACUUAAAGUUUGAUCCUUUUGUUCUAUAAUUCACCUUAAAAGUUUCUAUUUUUAUUUCUCCUCUCUCUCUCUCUCUCAUGGCGGUUUCUGGGUUUCACUACUUGAAUUCGCCUUUCGGAGAUACGACUUACACAAAGGUGUUCGUCGGUGGCCUUGCUUGGGAGACUCAAAGUGAAGCCCUUCGUCGCCAUUUCGAGCAGUACGGUGAUAUCCUCGAGGCCGUCGUCAUUGCUGAUAAGAACACUGGCCGAUCCAAAGGAUACGGUUUUGUGACUUUUAGAGAUCCAGAAGCUGCUAGGAGAGCUUGUGCUGACCCAACUCCAGUUAUAGAUGGUAGACGUGCCAACUGUAAUCUUGCUUCCCUUGGCAGACCUCGGCCUCCGUUGCCCUAUGCAUUCAUGAUACCUAACAUGCCUGGACGCUUAAGACCUGCUUCCCCCUACAUUGGAAAUGUGCAGGCCCCUCGUGGUUCACUUUUUGGGAACUAUCAGUAUCAGCAGCAACCACUUCCAUAUAACUACCAGCAAGGACUUGUGUAUCCUCCUUAUGGGGUGGCUGCAUAUGGACCUGAGUACAUGCACACACAGUCACAGGGAUUAUAUGGUCCUCCAUACAUGGGUCAGCAAUACCUUCAGGUCUAUGGAGUACCUGGAGCAGUUAAUACACCGGUUUAUCAAUACGGGCAAUUAAGUCAGACUGUCCCAGGUGGCCAGAGCUAUGCAGCAGUUCAAGGGUACUCGGUUCCAGGAAGCCAUGUUCUGCAACUUGGUGGAGGACCAACUGUUAGUGCGAUGGCUACUUCAUCCAUGCCUCCUGCUCUUCAAGCUCCAUACCCUCCAGGUUAUGGUCUCCUUUGAAUGUAUGUCAGGCCCUGCUCCAGCACAGUCCCAUAUCAUUGUUCAUCCCCCUCAGUUUAUGCAGAGUAGCAGUUCUGAUCAAACAACAAGUUAUCCUUGAAGACUGGAGGAGAAAGGAGCAGAGAAAUUGCUAUUCAAUGUGGCAGCAGAAGGCUUCCUGUUUAUUUUUUAAGUCGUCAAGUUAUUUAUCUUGCAUCUGAAAGGUUAUAUAAAAAUAGUCUUUGCUCACUGGAAGGGCACAGAAAGAAAAAAUGGAAAAUGGGAGUCUCAGGGUUUGUGCUUCCGUUGUUCUUACUCAUCCGUCAAUGUGUAUUUAUCUAAAACACAGACAACAAAAGAUGCUGCUGGCUCAAGCUGGGGUUGAGUUUGCAGUCAUGGUAACGGUUUUCCCCGAGGAGGGGUAACCGUUUGGUAAUAAGUUGGUGUACUAUAUAGUAGACACACAUACACAAGCAUAUAUAUACAUAUACUAGAAUCAAAAUCUGAUUCUUUCUUUUUUCUUUUUAGUCUAAAGUCGUAUUACCACUACACUUUCUUCAGGUGCAGGAGUGUAGUGAGUAAACAUUCAUAGGUAUAUAGCCUCUGUCCCAAGUCCUGCAUUGUAAGUAAAAGCAUGUUUAUAUCCUAGGGUUUGUCUCUUCUUCCUUGUCUGAACACGCUGAUGAAUGAUUGUUAUCAGAAGCUUCAAAGUAUGGAGUUAAUUUUUUUUUA